UUCUCUCUCUUUCCUACCUUACAAUACAAACUCUUGCUUCAUUUCUUUCUUAUUAGCUGAUUCACUCCUUCACAAACUAAGCUAAGCUAAUCAAGAAAAAAAAUGGCUUCACUAUCAGCAGUUUCAAUGGCAACACCAAUCACAACAACAACCAAGACUAACUUCUUCAGCCCAUUACCCAUUAUGCCACAAAGGGCUGCAUUGAUGGGCCAGAAGCCCAGAGCAAUGGGCCUUAAAGUCCAGGCUUCAUUGAAGGAAAAGGCUGUUACUGGGCUUACAGCGGCGGCUCUUACGGCAUCGAUGAUGGUUCCGGAUGUAGCCGAAGCUGCGGAGUUAUCGCCGUCUUUGAAGAAUUUCUUGUUGAGUAUUGCUGCUGGUGGAGUAGUGCUCACUGCUAUUGUUGGGGCUGUUGUUGCUGUCUCCAACUUCGACCCUGUCAAACGAGUAUAAUUAUAGUUCUUAUAUUAUCAUUAUUAGUUGUUUACUUUUUUAAAUUGUGCUAGUUUUGUAAUUUCAUGUGUAUCAUCUAUCAUUUCGAUCUCACCAUUUCUUCUCCCCCUUCAUGAUUUCAUAUGCUUUUGAUGUAACAACUUAUUUUGUUAUGUCGAAUUGACAUUUGAUCGCGGUUCAUUUUGCAAUUUAUACUUGUGAAGUUAAUUAUAAUGUCACAUUAAUUAA